GAGGAAAAACUGCCGGUUUGGCUUUAUCAUUUACAUUAUUUAUAUAUUACAGUUUUUUAGGUUUAGCAAAAGUGCUGUGGUGGAGAGAACAGGGUUUGGGUUGGAUAUUUUUGCAACUUUUAACAAUAUCACAACCCUUCUUGUUUCCUUAUUUUCUUAUCCUUUCAUUUCAAUUUACAUAUACGUUGAUCGGAGAAAAACAAAUACCAACUAUUUUUAAUUAUUAUGAAGUUUUUUUGACAUAUUUAGCGCCAUUAUUCACAAUCAUUGAAGGAGCUUCUACAGCAAUAGUUAUUAUUAUAUGUAGGUGCAAAGUUAAACAACUUUUGGAGCAAGAUGAAGGAAUACAAGUGUUUAUUCCUAUAAUAUCGGUAAUCAAUUACGUUGCAUCAAGUUAUGUUCUUUAUAGCAUAUAUACGACACCAGGAAUGGAUAUAUAUAACGCGACAUUGAUUGGAGCUUUUAUGGCACUAUCCCUUGUGAUCACAAUUUCGUUGGCUUUAAAUAGAAUAGAUGAUUCUAGCUUUUGGCCAGAUUUAUCUCUUUUGAACUUUGAUACAAAGACCAUAGAUUUUCUUAAGGAUUUUAGCAUGAAUAUAAAUACACGUUUUGUUGUGAAGCAUUUGAUGGAUAUAUUGGGAAAGGUUCGAUCAAUAGCAGCAAUUCAGAAAGCUUUAUCUUUAAAUUUUUUCAUAGGAAUCGUAUAUCGCUCAGGCGUAAUAUUGAGUGCAUUUUAUUUCUUGAAUACGCAAAAUGAAGAAAAUUAUGAGUGGGGAGGACUUGCUGAAGAGAAUUUGAGUCAGAAAGUUCUGAAUUUCAUCAUGUCACUAACUACACCAGGUAUUAUUGCCGUAUAUACACAUCUGUUACUUUGUCAUUACGAUUAUAUAGAUACUGGAACUGGAAUGUGGAGAUGGGCUAGUAUUGCAGUGUGUUGGAUAUUAUACAUGCGGUAUCUCUAUGUUGAAAAUGAAUGA